AAGUAACUUUACUUCCGCGUUUAUCCUGUGAUGUUUCUUCGUAACAUCAAAUUCUGUUAAUAAUACUAGUAAUUAUAUUAUAUUAUCAUGCUUGGGGGUAAGAAGAAACCCUCUGGUGAUCCACCAAAACGAAAAGGAGCACAUCUAAUGAAUCAGAUGGGAUUGGGAAUCCCCGGCGACAUGAGCCAGAUGGAGGACAUGUAUGGGGAUCUGGAGAUGGAUGAGGAUCUGGAGGCAGAACUGGCAGCACUCACUGGGGAAUUGUCUCCACAAAAGUCCAGUGCUCGGAAAAGUAAAGGUCCUGCUGCUGUUGCCAACAUUGACAGAAUGGUGGCCGAGAGUUUGCGGGAUUUCACGAGUGAUGAGGAACUGUCAGACACUGAAGAUCCGGAUCUCCUGGCUGAGCUAAAUGAGUUGACAACAGAGGAAGCACACUCACCGUCUCCAAGUAACCAGUCUUUACCGAAGUCCACGAGUGAAAACAACCUGUCAGUGAUCGAGGAAAGGAUGUCCAUGUACUCACAAGCGUUUGCUAAUGCCAAGGCUGCAGGAGACAGCUCAAAGCAGAGACGACUCGACAGAGGCAUAAAGACUCUGAAUGAACUGUUGAAGAAAGCCCAGAGUGGUCGGUUUGUUGAAGAAAGUGAUAUCCCUCCAGCUGUAGCAGUGAGUUCGGCCACCCCAUCUCCCUUACACACACCACACACAGAGCAACCCCCGGAGCCUCACGUUUCACCUGUUAAAAGACCUCCAGAACCUUCAUCAGUUCAGUCAUCAGUUUCUCCAAGCCCUCCCAAAGUGCCUGCCCCAGUGCUGCAUCCUGUGAGUGUUCCUCCCUCAGCCAAGGCACCAACACCUGAACCAAGGACAGGUCAUGUUACCACUGACUCCUCUCACACUGCAGCAGCAACACCGGCCACUCCAUCAUCAGAGAAAACCAGCGGAUCUCUCUCAUCAUCAGAUUCUGAAACCCGCAAGAUGUUAGUAACACGUCGAGACCAGUAUAGACAUGCAGCUGUUGAGGCAAAGAAAAAUAAUGAUAUGAAAACUGCAGCUAAAUAUGUCAAGAUAUUAAAGCAAUUUGAUGGUGUAAUACAAGCUGUGGAAGAAGGAAACCCUAUUGAUCUGUCAAAGAUGCCUCCCCCUCCCCCUGGCGUUGGUGGUGCACCAUCAAUGGCAAAGGAAGUUGCUGCUCCUUCACAACCCAGAGUUGAAGGAUCAGCUCGCCAAGGCUCUCCACCUGAAGAGUCAGAACCAGACUAUAUGCCACCAGCACCUACUGCUGAAGAAGAGAAAAAGAUAUUUAAUGCCCCUGAUGCACCAAAGUCCGUAGAGGAAGCUUUACAGCAACGUCUUGAAAAAUACAAAUCUGUUGAAGCAGAGUCUAAGAAUGCUGGCGAAUCGGGCAAGGCCAGGAGAAUGGGAAGAAUAGUGAAGCAAUAUCAGGAUGCCAUCAAGGCCUACAAGGCUGGCAGAAAUAUUGAUUUUGAUGAAUUACCAACACCACCAGGUUAUGCUCCAAUCCCAUUUGGUUCCAAUGCUGCACGUCCUCAAACACUGGCUGCUUCUGGGCCUCAGACUGAAGGUCGAAGGUCACCUCAGCCACAGCAGAAGUCACCUCAACCUCAGCAGAGAGCGCCACAACCUCAGCAGAGAGCACCUCAACCUCCCCAAGCAAGAGCAGCACCGGUUCCAGCAGCAGCACCGGUUCCAGCAGCAGCACCAGUUCCAGCUGCCAGACCAAAGGAAUACACUGAACAACAGAUCAACAAACUGGCCUCACAAAGGAAGAGCCACUCGUCAAGAUCUCAACAGCAGGAAAUAUUCCUAAGAGAACGAUAUGCAGAGUUUAAAGAAGCAGCAUUAACUGCCAAGAAAAAUGCUGACAUUGAGCUGGCAAAGAAAUAUGUUAGACAAAUGAAGGGAUUGGAGCCCAUGAUACUAGCUUGUGAAGGUGGACUUCCAGUUGACUUGUGUCAGGUGCCACCGUCACCGAACCAGCCCAACGAGGCCGACCGGUUUAUAAUUGUCUCCCCUGAUGACUGCGUGCCGACUGGAGACAGGACGGAGGUGUUCACGAAGUUAGAAAAUGAAUUAAAGAAGCAAAUGAGGACCUGUGCAACAAACUCACAACACUUCAACAAGCUAGGUGAUGUGGCAUCUGCGUCAAGAUUUAAAAAAAUGGAAGACAAUUGUAGAAAAGAUCUUGAUGCCUUAAAAAAUGCGUUACUCCAUGGUGAUCCAGUACCAAAGUUUCACUAUGAAACAAAAAGUUAUUCUGUAGUCAGAACAAACACUGAAUUAGGAGAUGGUGAACUGGAAUUCACAGUUAUUCGGGGAAUACAAUAUCAUCUGCCAAGUGGUUUUUCAGAGAAAGAUUUGGAUACUUAUGUAAAAUUUGAACUUCCUUAUCCUAGUGACGAAGCACAAGAAAAGAAAUGUGACACUGUUAAAAAUACAAUAAAUCCAGAAUAUGAAGAAACCUUUAUUCUACACAUAGACCGCAAGGCUCGGUCAUUUGCUAGAGUGGUUGAGAGGAAAGGAAUUAAGGCAGAAGUCUUUUAUAAAAGAGGUUUUCUGAAGAGUGAUAAACUUCUUGGUACAGCGACUGUGAAACUGAUGCCUCUUGAAAACCAGUGCACACUACAUGAAAGUUUUGACCUAAUGGAUGGUCGUAAGUCUGUAGGUGGGAAGCUAGAGGUCAAAGUGCGAGUGCGAGACCCCUUCAAAAACAAGCAGGUUGAUGAAGUGAGGGAAAAAUGGCUUGUAAUAGACCAGUUUCUCAGGACACAAGCUUCUCUAAAUCAGACACAGAAUGCACAAAAAAAUUUGCAAAGACAGAAAAGUGAGGGUGCUUCAUCAAUGGAAGUUUUGAGAUACGAGAAACAGCAGCUUGAUAAACAGAUUGCUGCUUUGAAAGACAGUUUGAGUUUGACCCAGAUGCAGACACUGAAGCACAAAAGCAGCUUGUUGCAGGAGAAGAUAGAUUUGCAGCAGAAGAAACUUCGCGAAGGAGGCAUGGAAACUUGGAAAGCUUACGUGGCCGUGGUGCGUGAAGAAGUGCCAAGUUAUGAAACUGAGGCUCACCAGUAUGCCAAGUUAGGAGACAUGCAAAAGGCUCAGAUUUACUUGACAAAAAAGAAAAUGGCAGAAAAAGAGUUGGCUGCAAUAAAGCAAAAGUUUCCAGAUAUCUGACCACUUGUACUGAUGGAAGAAAACCAACAACAGAAAUAUUUGUUGUGAUGCAAGCUUAAGCACCAAAAUACAGUUCUAGUGUUUAUCAUACGGCAUGAUAGUUGGUAUGGGCAGUGGGGUCUUGUGAUUUUAGAUUCAGCUUUUCUACGUGAAAAACUAAAUACAUUACAGCAGGCUUAUUUUUUUCUUCUUAUUUUUAAAAAGAUUCUGCUGGAAUCGAAAAAUAUAUGUAAUACGCUUCCGACUCAAAUUCUGGGAUUUGUGGAGCACAGAACUGUGCUAAAAUUGCAGCCUGCUUUUACAGCUAAGAUGCUUAAGUAUCUCCAAUCAGAAACUGAGUGAAUCAUAUACUUGGAAAGUUUGACAUCUAUGACCUCAAAUGUAAAUGUUUAUUUAUGGUUAUGUAUGGUUAUUUCAAGAAUAAGAAAGUAAGUUGUGAUAAUAAGAACAUGGUUUAAUGGAAUAUCAAUACCAAAACAACAUAAUGUACGUGUUGUGUUUUAACCAUUUAAAGAUCUAAUGUUGUUUUAUUGUUUUUGUUUUGAUGAACUAGAUUUACCUACAUGCAGUUUAAUAAUCUUAUCAUAGGUAACACACAAAUCCUCUUGUUACAUUUCAUUUUUUUUAAAUAUGAAUAAUAAUUGAAAGAGGAACAAAGUGCAAUAUUUGAUGUUUCUUCUCAACUACAUGUGUAUGUAAAUAUUUAUUGAAAUGCAUAAAUAUGCAUUUUAAUUUUUUGUGACAUUGUGCAUACAGCAAGUGUUUUUAAUAAUCACAUUUAUAUCGAUGAAGUUGUGGCAUAUCAACAGAGUUUGUCAGAGUAACAUUGUUAGCAAAAGUCUAAGGAUCAAGUAUAUGAUACUCUACAACUUCGGUGUUGACUGUUUAAGGAGGGCCAUAGUCAGAUUUUUCCACAGGCCAUUUCUGUUCCUCGUCACAUCACUGCAACUACCCGGUAUCAUUGAUUUAAAAUGUUUAUAAGUGUAGCAUCAGAAAAAACAAAAUCCUGUCCUGGAUUAAGGAGCUGGCAGAAGUCGACACCUGUACCCAUGACAGGUGUGCACUACAACAGCUUGCUCUGAAUGUGCACAUAAAACCAUCUAACCUGACUUCAGCAUCAGAAUUCAGACUGGAGACAACAGGUACAAGUUUGACCAUAAGUCAUAACAUUACAGACAUGUACCGUAUAUAUAGGUAUAACUCUAGGUUCCGUGGAGCCACAUGCAGAAAGUGUUUUAGUGGUGUUUGAUGCCUCAUCUCUUAGCACCAACAUGAAGUCUUGAGUCCAGACUUAAAGGUUUACGGACAUGGGUCCAGAAUUGUCUCUGUAAACAGUAGAUUGAAUAUCUGAAGUAGCAGGAGAAUGGAACUUUCAGAAGAAACCUGCAGAUGAAUGUGUCGAGAUGAGGAAUUGUUCAAGUUAGAUCUUCACUUUGUGGAAGAAAUUACAGACAUCAAAAUAUCAAAGAAAAACGAAAAACAGGGCAUUCUAUUUUUGUUGCAGUUUUAUGAGACAACUCCCUGUUUCAAGAACUUGAAAGCAAGGCAUCACUUUUGAGACAGUUGUCUACCCUUUGAAAUGAGCUAGUAACUAGUGCUAUGAGCAGAAUGUAAAUUGAAGUUGAAUUUAGGAUUUUUCUAGGGAGGGCACCUACAGUAUUUAGUGAGGGGAUGCAACAUUUCAGAAGGGCACUGGCACUAUUCAAAAGUACACUAACAUGCAUUGUAUAUGGCAAUACUCCCCAAAACACCAAGACAACUAAGAUAUUUGAUGUGCCCCACUAAACAUAAAUAAAUUUAUUGUAUUCAUUUACUACACACUGGAUUGUUUGGGCACUUCAAAAUCAGGUACGGGGGAGUGUUCAGCCACAGCACCCUCCCUGUGGGUCCAUGCAUGAAAUAUACUUUUGUUCAUAAGUUACCAAAGAUGUAAUUUAGAAAAUCUGCAUGUUUAAUAAGCCUUUUAUCAUAUAUGGUUUGGGUAACUUAGAUAACCUGACUUUGGCUAUACGUUUUUAGUAUUUAAAAAAUAUAUAUCCACAUUGAUUUUUUUUUUUUUGCCCAUUGAAAGGUGUUGCAUGAUACGUAGUAACCUUUUAAUAAUUUUUGUACAAAUUGUACCAGUGGCAAAAACUAGAUCUGUUUGCAGUGGGAGUUUUUAAUGACACAGAAUUAUUUUUAUAUACAGUGAAACUUCUCAAAACCGGACUCUCUAUAAACCAGAAUUCCCUUAAAACCGGACAUUUUUCAUGGUCCUUUUUAAAAAAUCAGUAAAAAACUUAACCUCUCUAAACCGGAUACCUCUUAAAACCAGACAUUUUACUUGGUACCGAGGGUGUCCGGUUUAGAGGGGUUUCACUGUAUAUAAUAAUACUUGUAUAGCUUCAUCUUUCAUUCAUUAAUGACUGGUAGUCCCAUGGUCAUCCUGUGGUAGUGUGAAUUGAAAUAAACCAACCCUUGUUACUUAUUGACAUUUGAUUGUUUGUUUACUGUUAUUAUGUCCAUAAUGUAAUUUGCUGCAUUGGGCAUCUCCAGGAAGUUUUGAAAGGGGUUAGUUUAUAUAAUGAAUGAAUACAUUAUAUGGUUAAUAUUUAAUUUUUUCAAAGCAAAUUUUGGCAAAAGAUGUGGGAGGAAAAGACAAUUGCCAGAAGGUGUUUCAUUUACACCUGUGGACCCUCCCUAAUGACAUGCCUUGUAGAAUAUUAUGAUGUUAGUUUUUUAUGUUUUCUAUUUAUGAUUCUAUGAAAUACUAUUAGCUAUUGAAUGGCAUGUUGAAUUGUUUGCUUUGUGUUUGUUAUUACAUUGCUGUACCUCAUGCCAAUAGUUAUAAUUACAUAUAAUAUGUAAUUAAAAUUUUAAAAAACCUUAGCAAAUAAAUCAUGUACAUUCCUAAAA